AUGGACGGCAGUAUGACGAAGGAAUUACCACCAACACAUCGUGCGUUGAAGGUUCAGAGUGCUGGCCAGCUCGCCCUGAUAGAGGAUUGCCUACUCCCAGAGAUACAGGACGGCGACAUGCUGGUCCGCGUGGCUUACGUGUCCCUCAAUCCAGUUGAUAGCAAGUCCGCCGACAUGUCUCCGAGUCCCGAAGCGACUUCAGGGUGCGACUUUUCAGGAGUCAUCAUCUCAAUGGGAUCUGUCGUCAAAUCUCAAGUUGGAGUUGGAGAUCGCGUAUGCGGAUGCGUUUUCGGCAACAAUCCCAUCCGGCUUGACAACGGCGCCUUCGCCGAGUAUGUAGCUGUCCCUGCGCAGUUGGUGUGGAAGAUUCCCGCGCAGAUGUCAUUUCAGACGGCUGCAACGCUGGGAAUUGGCUUUGCGACAGCUGGUCUGGCUCUUUAUCAUGGACUCCAAUUGCCUCUUCCAGUAUCUGGACCGGAAGUGCCGAGCGCGGUAUUGGUCUACGGAGGGGGAACCGCAACGGGAACCCUCGCGAUUCAGCUUUUACGGUUAUCUGGUUUGACACCAAUCACCACCUGUUCGCCGCGUAACUUCAACCGCGUGAAGAGGCUUGGAGCAGUGGCUGCUUUUGACUACCGCUCACCAACCUGUGGCACGGACAUUCGCGAGUACACCCGGGACCGUCUAGCCCUGGCAAUGGAUUGCAUCACUGAUACCAGGUCCAUGGAGCUCUGUUAUACGGCUUUAGGAAGUGCCGGUGGGCGGUAUCUUGCACUGGACCCGUUUCCGGUGCGCAAGCAUACACGCCGCAGCGUUCAGCCAGAUUGGAUCUGCAUGUUCACUCAGUUUGACCAGUUUAUCAACUGGGAGCGACCAUACAAUCUGGAUCCUCGGCCGGAGGAUCGGCUGUUCGCUGAGCGAUGGUAUGCAGUGGUCCAGGGGCUGUUGGACGCUGGACAGAUCGAAUCUCAUCCGUACAAGGAGCGACGAGGCGGACUGGCCGGGGUGGCGGAGGGAAUAGACGCAGUUCGCAAAGGUGAGGUCAAUGGAUACAAGCUAGUGUAUGGGGUCUAG